GGGUGAAAUGCAGAAUUUUUCUUUUAUGAAGAAACAAAUGAUCUUUGCUGCCCGCCGGACUGUAAAAGUGACGGAGCAGUGCAGCCGAUCGCCGAGGUGAUCGAGUCGUUUCCAUGGCGAUUAGAUAGUGGGGUCGAUGGCCGAGCAGCGCGGAGGUCAGAAGGGAGGUGAGCGGGAUCGAGGAAGGAGGCUGAGUGGCCGCCAUGGUACUGCGAAGGCUGCUGCAGUCGGCGUUGAACAACGCGCGGCUGAUCGAGAAACUGUCGGAGUCUACGCCGGUGCGGCGGGCGGCCCAGAUCACUGUCUAUGUGAUCGCACGGCUCCAGGUGAGAGGCAGGAGUGUGGCCGAGCGCCUGAGUCAAUCCAACGCCCUCCGGCAGCUCCUGGAGAAGGGAGACAUUCCCCGCAACCUCGAGGAACUCAACAAGAAAGUCGCCGAGUUAAAAGACGCCAUCGCGAAGGAGCUGAAGGAAAGCAUAAAGGACUCUUUGAAGAAGAAGGAUAAAAAGUAAAUUUAAAAAAACUAGAAUCUCCCUGGAGUUGAUUCUCCUCACACCCCGGCAUCUGCUGUAGUGACUGGAGCAAAUAGGAAGACUUUGGGAAUUUAUCCUAUUUUAAAAGCACUGCAGUAAAUAUCUGUCCUGGGGAUACUCCAGCUGAGAUUUGGAUGAAUUCCUUUUCAAUAUUCAUCGUGGUUGGAUUCAGAUGUAUCGACACACUGACUGAAAUUCUUUUGAAAUUUUACGAAUAUUGUCAUCAGCACAAGAUCGGAAUUGUGACGCUCGUUGAUUAGAUUGCCAGCUUCAUAAUAUUUCAUCUGACUAUUUUCCGAUAUUGACUACUAUUUUGCUGUAACUGUUUGAAUUUCACAGUAUUUAAGGUGGAUCUCACUGAUGAUAAUGUAAACAAAGUGUACACAAUUCAUCAGAAAAGUCCUGUGAUAGUUCAAAGAAUUAAACAAAACAAAACAUCGA